CAAAAGAAUGUGAAAAAUCGCAAAAAGCAAUAAAAUGCACGAAUGAUUGUGGGAAUGAGGAUGACGAAUGAAGAACAAACAGAUGGCUGCGAAAACACCGAAGAAAAAGGACUCGAAAGAACGCGUUUCUUCGUCCAAUGGGCCUAAAAUUAUCCUCUUGAAAUGCCUUGAAAGUUUGUUCGCCAUCUACUCGCAAACGACGAAAUUCAUUAAAUUACUGUUUAAAUGUGGUAAUAAGCUCAUUUGCGAGGGUAUUAACGAUCUGUCAAAGUGGGUUAUGGAUCGAGUCGCGUCUUUGGCAGGACCUCUACGUAAUUUGCGCAAUCGUAGACAACCAAAUUCUUACGUUGGGAAUGAUAGCAAGGUACAAAAGACUAAGCUUCCAAUAACUAUCUGGCCAGAAUGGAGUGAUCAGGAAAUAGCUUCAGAAAAAUGGGACACAGCUCAUAAAGGGAAAGAUAAAGAAAAGGGAAAAAGCCCAAAUUUGCAUGCGUUUGAAGACCCUGAAGGACGUGUAGAGUUACCAUCUGUCAUUCAGUCAAGUGUUGAAUAUUGGAAAAGACCAAUUGAUUUCAUUGAGGAUAAGGCACUUGUGGUUGUGGAUCCCGACAGUUUUAAAGAUAAAGAAAUUGAUUUAUUGACCUGUAGUAGGGAUGUCAUUAGCGUUUCUGAGUUAUUACGAUGUAUUAUUGUGGACAUUACAAACUUGUUCAAACUACGACCUCAAAUGGACAGCAUCGAAGCGAAAGUUGUAAAAGACAGCAAAGAUGUGGGUCAGGCUGAUGAGGGUAUUUGGAAACCAUGGCAACAUAUCUGGCCGAAAGAGAAAUCAAAACGGGCAUAUCCUGUUUAUAAUCCCAGUGGGAAGUAUGUCGUUAAAGUCUACUGGUUGGGUUGCUGGCGUAAGAUAACAGUCGAUGACUGGAUGCCAUUCAACUCCCAGGGUCAACUUUUACUUCCAUUGGGUAAAAGACCCAAUGAACUGUGGCCAAUGCUCUUAACAAAAGCUUUAAUCAAGGUCGCAUCUUUAGAUUAUCGAGGUGGGGAACCUCCUUGUGAACAUGGUGAUUUUAGUGUCAUACAGUGUUUGACGGGUUGGAUACCUGAAGUUAUACCAUUAAGGUCGGAACAUAGCAGUAAACUGUGGGAUGCAUUGGGAAAGAUUCUCCCACAUUGGAAAAUAGAAAACUCUAUCACAGUCGAAGAAGCAAAGGAUGUCAAUGUUUUGCCAAUCUCAAGGAAAAGGGAAGAGAAAAAAUCGCGCGAGAAACUGGAGCGAGGCGCGAUUCCUUCACAAACAACUUCGGACCGUCACUCGGAACGCGACAGCAAAAUGCGAGAUAAGGAAAGCAAGGAAAAGUUUCUGAGUAAUGCUGGUAGUAACACAGCGGUUAAGGAACUCGUCAAGGAACCUGAGUUUGCUGUGUUUGCUAGUUACUCAAAUCCGCCUAAGAUACCGCUUACUGUUUCAGUACUUCGUGAAAUGGCAGAUGCAUCAGAGAAACUUCGUCAGUGCGGCCUUUCUCACAAUCAUCCGCACUCAGUCAUGGUAACAUAUCGUCGUGAUUGCCCUCUCGUUGCUCCUCCACCACCUGUAGAAGUACCACGGUGGCGUUUGAUUAGACAAAAACGCAAGAUUCCUCAAGAAGGAAGUUUAAAUCCUGUCGAACCACCGAAAGAACAGCAGUUUCUUGAAAUAGCGUCACCUUUGGUUGGAUUUUCUGUUAGUCCGAUACCUGUAUACAGUGUGACAACUCCCUCUCUCCACAAGCUCGACUCUGAUGACAAAAUAGAAGAAAUCUUAGAAGAAGGAGACAAACUGAACAAUAUUAAUGUGCAUAAGGAGGCUGCCUCACACAAUAAAGGUGACCAGAAAACUGCUGAUCCUGCUGCUGUUGUAGUCGUGGAAACGCAGACUUCUUUAAAAUAUGAUGUGUCUGACGAGAUUGGCAAAUCGGACUGUACGCCAUUUCGUAGUGACAAGUCAGACGAUAGCAAGGACUCGACAAAAUCUCUGAAGGAAUCGCACAGUAAGACUUCGAAAUCAGCGAAGUCUUCGACAUCGUUAAUUCUAGAGAAAGCCAAUAAGACGAAGAAGAUGAGCAAAGAUCAAGCAAACGAAAAAAGAAGUGAUUCUUCGUUGUCCAUCAGAACGCCUGGGGCACGGCGUUUGUCGAAGGCCGAUCUAAAAGAUAAAGAGCUCAAGAAAUUAGCAAAAGGUCUUGAAACAAAGAAUGAAGUCAAGACGGAGGUCGAGCAAGAUAACAAGGAUACUUCUGGAGAUCUCACUAUCACUAUUACUGGGGAAAAUGGAGUACAAUCUGAAGCUCAGGAUGAUAUAUCGAGUCAGCUAGAAACGGUAGCGAAUAAGGGGAAGACAUUUUGGAUAGAAUAUGACGAGUUUUGGAAAUGUUUCGGAACAUUGUAUGUUUAUCACAAGCCUGUUACCUACAUGCAUAAUAAAUCAUAUUUGGAACUGAAGAGUGUGAUAUGUUCAACAAACAAUAAAAAGUCAGGCACUGGCCUGCACAAUUCAAUGGCCACACAGAAUUCGAGCAAAGCUCAGUCUGUUAGUUCAUAUGGCCCAACUGGUCACCAUGCUCUUGCCGGUGUAUCUACAGAUCCCCCAAUACCCUAUCUGCUUGUGGACAGUGUCGAUAAGAUUGAGAUUGUUAUAUGCUUUACGUCUUUGUCCAAAUGGCUAGACCCACCUCAACCCAUUGUUCGGGAGAAAGGUAGAGAUUCUGUCAGUAUCUACGAUUUCAAAGUAGAAUCAGAUACAGAGUUAAGUUCUGUUCCUCCUUCACCUGGGCUUCUUGUGGCCGAAAAAUACGUAUGGCAAAGUAUGGUAACUGGUCAACCGUGCUUUAAAAUAAAAUCGACUGGUUCAAAAGCAGCCGUUCUGGUUCUCUCACCUGGUCGGCACAUGCUGAGAUUUCUUCUCCAAUCUCCAUAUGGCUAUCACGUGGCCUUGUGUUCACAAACUCCUUUCACGUUUGGUGAUGAAGACCAAAUUAUGAGUUUAGCUCAUAAGGAAAGUUGUCGUUUCAUUGAGUAUACAACAAGUGUCUUACAGAACAUCGGCAAUGUUAUAAUGUCUUUUAACGAACUGAAUAAGAACAAUAAAAAAACACUUGACUUGGGUGUUAACGAUCAACCACGUGACAUGCAGGAAAGACAUAGUAAGGUGUUCAUGGCCUGUCUGUUGGAAACAUUGAAUGCUCAAUUUAACGAGGACCUCACGCGGGAUGUGCAAUUUGCUUGGAAGGCCUUCGACUUCAUCUCAAGAGUAUAUCUAAAAGAAAAGUUAGUUUUCCGACCAAGCUCUUCUGCGGAGAUCGAGCGCAUUGGUCGUGUGCAUAAAAAACGUAGUGAGCUGUCACGAUGCCUACCUUCGAAAACCAGUCGCACGUCGAAGAUGGACGAAGAUUAUGCUGCCACUAUAAUUCAGGCUACUUUCCGUGGUUACAUUGUGCGAAAACUCAACAUGGCUUAUAAACCAGACACAGCCAUUCAUGAACAAGUUCAUCUCAAUCUCUCAAAAUCCUGGACAACGAUCGAAAACAACUUGGAAACCUUUUCUGUUCAAUUAUACCGCCGCAUGUACGAGCUUGAUCCACAACUAUUCACAAUGUUCCCAUUUUAUGAAGAUGAAUGGAAAAGAGUGAUACACAAUGAUUACAAUGGUGCCUUUCCUGAACAGCCUGCAAACAUAUGGUUUUUAUUGUUCAGGGAAGUGUUCUUUGUGGAACGAGAUAUCCUAUCGUUACCUAAAAUGUACACCAAUAUCCCUACGUGUUUUCUACGUGUUAUCAAUAACGAUACUCUUGAUGAAAUACCCAAAGUGUUUCAGCGAGUUGUACCGUAUGAGUUUACUAAAAACAAGCGUGGAUACACAUUCCUGGCUGAAGCCAGAACGAUUCAAUCUCCUCUCGCAUCCGGGAAGUUUCGAUUGCGAGUGAUUGGCUCAUCAGUACCCCUGCCUGCUCCUGAAGGCGAUUCCGUGAAUACGCAGUUUGUCACCAAGGAGAUCAAGGAAUAUUAUAUACCUAACAAAGACCGUGUUAUUCUCAGAUAUUCAAUACUAGUGAGUGAAGAUCAGUUGAUUUCUGUGCAACUCUGUACAUCCAAAAUUGAUGUUCUUAUUAAACUGCAAAUAUUAGAUCAUGAUGUGGAAGUAGUGAGCUCUUGUGGUCGAGGACAUGCAGUGAUACCUGUGUACAUUGUGAGGCGAGAUAGAACUGUUGGCGAAGCAGACCAUAAGUACCGGAAGCGAGGUUCCAGACCUCCCAGUAAAGACAGCGGUAAUAACGGUGAGCCAGCUACUGGUCGUGCUGGGACGGCCGUAGGCAAGACACCUAAGUCAAAACCUAAGAAAGGCAAAGAUCAUUCACCCGUUCAAUCUAGACCCGGAUCUUCUUUUGAAAAACGCAGCCACAGUCGUAAUUUGCGUCAUAGUAUAACUCAGGAAGAAGACAUAAAACCUCAGCUUCAUAAAUACAUUAUCCAAGCGCUUGUGUUGCGCGACAGUUGGCCUCUCACCAGAGAAUCGUGGGAUUUUGUCCUUGCACAGAAGAACGCUGAAAAACAAGAUUCGCUUGACUAUGUUUUAGAUUCGUCUAUUCGCGUCGAAAAGUCCGCUAGUCAAAUAAAACAGAAGAAAACCAAAGACGGAAAAGAAAGUCGACUGGGUAAAAAUCAAUCCGGAUCCCGUCCCAACUCGCAGCAGUUGAAUUUCGACUUGAUGAGACCGCAUUGGACACUGAGGGUGAUUGCUGAUGCCAAUUUAGCGGAUGAUUUAGAGGUAAAGAAGGAUACCGAACGUCAGGACGAAAUACGCGCAAUGAAAGCUGCUUGGGAAGCUGCACAGCCGGGUAGAGCUGCUAAGGCUUUUCAAAGUCGUCAGAGGUUCUUGAAUGAAAACUUGAUUAAAGUAAAAUAUUUUGAAACUGAGGAGGGUUAUCAAGGCGAUGAACACAGUGAUACAACUACAAUUGAAGGAAUCUCGUCGUCUACGUCAGUUCUUGCUGGUAAUAAUGCUGAUCAAAACGACAGCUUCACAGAACCUCCAGCGAGGCAGCCUAGUCGUGUAUUAAAACCAUUUGAUAUCACUCCAUACGUCAGAUAUAGAGGUAAGCGUAUUGUAUUAGAUGAAGCAGAAGAGAACAGGCGACGACAGGAAAAACAGGAAAUGUUUCGUCAACACAAAGUUUGGCGGGAAGAGGUCGAAAAGAGAAGAGAUAUGGACAGACAACUGAGAAAUCUGGCGAAAGAAAGACAAAUACAAAUGGCCGAAGAGUGGCAGGCUGCCUUAGAUAAAGUUCGUGUUGAUAUCAACAAGGCUCGAGAAGCUUACAGACAAACCUUAAUUGUUGAGGAACCACCAGCGGAAGAAGAGGUAGAUGAACCCAUUAAAGACCGUUCGCCUUCUGGAAAGGGAAGAAAGACCAGUAAAAGUCCUAAAGGAGCUAGAAAGUCUGCUAAAACAAAGAAGAAAUGAAACAGAAACGGAUUUUAUCGUUGGA